AUGGCCAAGUUUGAGUUUGUCUCUCCAAGUAGUAGUAUCAUGUCUGAGGCAGACAGGUUAUUUAGGGUUGCGCUCACAGAUUAUGAGAGUAAGAACUACAAGAAGGCGUUGGCUUCUGUCGACAAGAUCCUCAAGAAGGCACCGCAUCACAGUCCAACUAUAGCGUUGAAGGCAUUGAUAGUUUGCUUUUAUCAUCCAAACCAGCCCGAAUCCAAGGAUGUCAAUGCUUUGGUUACCUUAUCGGAGGAAACGUUAGCUGAGUGUCAAUCCUUAAUUGAAAGGGCUAGUGAAUAUGAUCCAAAGAACUCAAUAGCUGCACAUUUAUCUGCCCUCUACUAUCGCCAAAUUAAGGACUAUGCAAAGGCGGCGCAUUACUAUACUGUUGCUUAUAGCAACAAUCCCUACAACAAGGCGAUUUUGAGAGACCUGUCCUCAUGUUUGUCGCAAUUGAGAAAGUUCCCCUUGCUAACAAAGACUAGGUUUGAUUACCUACAAGCGGAGCCCGGGUAUCGUCAAAACUACAGUACUACGGCAAUGGCAUAUGACCUGAAUGGCGAAUAUGAGAGUGCAAUCAAAAUCUGCGAGCAAAUUGAAGAAAUCAUUAAAGACAAACUAAUUGAGGAAGAUAUGGUUGAGAAUUCUGAGGCAAUCAUAUACAAGGCCACAUUAUAUAUUAAGCUCGAGCAAUAUGAAAAAGCUUUGGAAUAUAUCGAUCAGCAAUUGGAUCGGACCGAUAAAUUCAGGUGCUAUGACACGUUUGGCCUGUUGGAAAUGAAGUAUGAGUUGUUGAUGAAGCUUGGGAAGUACAAUGAAGGACAGUUGGUUAUUAGACAGCUUUUAAUCAAGAACCCGGACAAUAUCGAUUAUUACAGAGACCUCUUCAAAUGUUUGCAAAUAGAAGAUAACGUGGACUUGAAGUUGAAGGUGUUGACAAAGCUAGCCAAAUUUUAUCCGAGAUCUGACUUGCCUAAGUAUUUACCCCUGACUUUCCUCAAGGGAGAACUUUUCGAAUCUCAUUUAGAUGCAUACAUGUCGGGAUUGUUUAAAAGAGGCGUACCUUCUGCAUUUAACGCAAUUAAAACCUUGUACAAAGAGAAGGACCACCCCCAAAUUAUCCUUAAGGUUGCCGAAAAAUAUGAAUCCAGUGAGAAGGAUCCCUUAAAUCUGACAUGGAUCAAAUAUUUUGUUUCUCAACACUACUACAGGCUUGGAGACUACGAAAAUUCAAUGAAAAAAAUUAACGAAGCUAUUCAAAUCACACCAACUUUGAUUGAAUUGUACAUGUAUAAAGCCAGAAUAUUGAAGCACCAAGGUAAAUUAGCUGAUGCAGUCAAUGAGAUGAAUACUGCAAGACUGAUGGACCUUCAGGAUAGGUUUGUAAACACCAAAACUGUCAAGUACUACUUCAGGGCAAAUAUGAUUGAAGAAGCCAUCAAAACCGCCUCCUUGUUUACCAAAAACGAUGAAGAGCCAACGGGUGUAAAAGACUUGCACCAAGUCCAAGCAUGUUGGUUUAUAGCAGAAUAUGCAGAAGCUCUAGCAAGACUAUUUAAGGAAAAACUUUCUCUUUUCCAAGAACUGGAAAAGAAGGAACCUUCAGCGACUGCAAAUGAUGAUGGUGGUAAUCAAGAUGAUGACGAAAUCAAUAUUCAUUUGAUCAAGAAACAGGUUUCUGCUUACCUGGGAUUAUCAUUGCAACGUUUUUUUUCCAUCUUUUCAAUAUAUGAAGAAUACUAUGACGAUCAGUUUGACUUCCAUUUUUACGCCUUCCGUAAGGGAACUUUCCGUGCAUAUCAUGAAACCAUUCAGUGGUCUGAUGAGUUGUUCCAUCAACCUUUCAUUGGUCGUAUAUAUUCUGAUGUCAUGACUUUACUACAGUAUACUGUUGAGAAUAAGGAUUUAUUAGAAAGGGCCUUGGACCUAUCUACUACUACGACAAGAAGAUCGAAAAAGGAUAAGAAGGAUGAAAUUAAGUGGAAAGAAUCCAUGCUUAAAUAUAACAAAGUUUACGAUUCCGAUUCGUUGGCGACACAAUUGGUUGAAAAUAUAGUUUUGAAGAAGGAUUAUUCCAGAAUCGAAAAAAUCGAGAAUUUAAUUAAAGUGCAAAAUCCUAGUGGUAAACCCGAAACCAUAGAUUUCCUAAAUGGACAGUUCAAUUAUGAUUUAAUUGAAGGUAGGUAUGUUGUUGCCCUUGCAUCAUUACGUAAAGUAAAGGAGCUAGCUCGGGGAGAAGGUCCAACUGCUGAGAGGGCCAAACUCGUUCUCGACGAAAUGACUAGAAAACUCCACAAGUUCAUUGAUGCACCAUCGGAUGAUCCAAAGAUACAAUCGCUUCAGAAAAUUGUGAAAUUAGGGCUGAUGAGAAACUAA